UGGCUCUACCUACCAGCGUCUGUGGCAGAUUUUUUAUACUUUCCUCCAAUUCAGUUAAAUUCUAUGGGUGACAAACGUCAGAGAGCGAGAGUGCAGGGCUCUUGGGCCAAACCUCUGCCCAAACCAACAUGUUCAACAGGUGAAUCUCCCGUUCUACCACAACCCAAAGCUGUUCUACUGGAUUCAGAUCUGGUGACUGGGAAGUUCAUUGAAGAACACUGAACUGAACACUGAAUCCAGGAAUUCUGUAAUGUACAUGAAACCAGUUUGAGAUGACUUUUGCUUUGUGACAUGGGGCAUUAUCAUGCUGGAAGUAGCCAUUAGAACAAAGUAAACUGUGGCCAUGAAGGGAUGCACAUGGUAAGCAACAAUACUCAGAUACACUGUGGGAUUCAAGCGAUGAUUGAUUAGCCAAGAAAACAUUCCCCACACCAUUACACCACCUCCACCAGUCUGGACUGUUUACACAAGGCAGGUUGUGUCCAUUGAUUCAUGCUUUUCGUGCAAAAUUCUGAUCCUACCAACUGUGUGAAUCAGCAGAAAUCAAGAUUCAUCAGACCAGGCUGUGCUUUUUCCAGUCUUCAGCUGUCUAGUUUUGGUUAUCCUGUGACCACUGCAGCCUCAGCUUUCUGUUCUUGGCUGACAGAAGUGGUCACAUGUGGUCUUUUGCUGUUGUAGCUCAUCUGCCUCAAGGUUGUGUAUUCUGAGAUGCUUUUCUGCUCACCACAAUUGUAUAGUGUGUUUAUCUGAAUUACUGUAGUCUUUCUGUCAGCUCCAACCAGUCUGACCAUUCUCCAUUGACAUCUCUCAUCAACAGGGAGUUUCUGUCUGCAGAACUGCUGCUCACUGGUUGUUUAUUUUUUAUUGCACCAUUCUGAGUAAAUGCUAAAGACUGUUCUGUGUAACGAUCAGCAGUUACAGAAAUACUCAAACCAGCCUGUCUGGCACCAACUAUCAUACCACGGUCAAAAUAACUGGGAGAACAUUUUUCCCCCAUUCUGAUUACUGAUGUGAACAUUACCCGAAGCUGCUGGCAUGUGCCUGCAUGAUUUUAUGCAUAGCACUGCUGCUAUGCAAUUGGCUGAUUGGAUAGUUGCAUGACUGAGUAGGUGUACAGGUGUUCCUAAUAAAGUGCAUAUUGAGUCUAGCUAUAUUACAGACCAUGAAAACUAAUAGCUCUUUUUCUAACACAGAGUGAAAUGCAUAAGUCAGCAUCCAUUUUGCAAUUUGGAUCCAGGAACACUGCUUCAAUUAGUUUUAUUAUGGGAUAACUUAUGGAGUUGGUUUUAUGAAUAAAAAAAGAUUAAAUACCACAUACUGUCAUUUAAAUGUUUCACUAGCACAUGUGGAGCAAAAUUCUGGGUCAUGGAAAGCUGGACCAGCAACGUAUGCAUUCAAUCAACCCUCUGAUCCCAUCAGAAUGAUACCUGUGGAGAAGCUGAUCGAAGAUGCUGGGGUUUAUGAGAUCAGCCAGGGUCCCACCGGAGUAUCCAGACUGCAGCUCCUUCCUGGGUUUUUGCCACAGGAGCAGGCAGACUGGAUGUUCUCUAAGCUCUUGGCUGAGCUUCCAUGGUCACAGAAGACCAAUUAUGGCAUGAUGGGUGAAGCAUAUGUGGAACCGAGGCUGACCUGCUGGUAUGGAGAACUUCCUUACACAUAUUCUCACUCCACGAUGCAAGCCAACCCUGAGUGGCAUCCCAUCCUUCUGAACCUGCGUCAGGCUAUAGAGCGGGAGAUCUCUCAUACCUUUAACUCAUUGCUGUGUAACCUAUACCGUGAUGGGAAGGACAGCAUUGCUUGGCACAGUGAUAACGAAUUGUCUUUAGGUCCUCGCCCAACCAUAGCCUCUUUCAGUCUCGGGGACACAAGAGUCUUUAGCCUUCGGAAGAAGCCUUCUCCAGAAGAGAAUAGCGACUACACAUAUGCAGAGAAGGUGAAGAUACCAUUGAGUCAUGGAACACUUUUAAUAAUGGAGGGAUGCACACAAGACGACUGGCAGCAUCAGGUGGCGAAAGAGUACCAUGACCGUGGACCUAGGAUAAACCUGACCUUCCGUACAAUCUACCCUGAACCGAUACACUCCGCCAAGAUAUGAUGGAUAAUUAUAAUGGAGAAGAGAUGCAAGAUGUGGGAAAUUGCGGGCUAUUUACUGGAGUUGGAAGGGAGGCAAUUAACACACAUUAUUUCAAAACAAAUGGAAGUGGUUAACAAGUCUAGCUUGAAACAAAUUUGAGUAUAGUAUUAUUGAAAUAUAUGAGUGUACUUAUUAGUUUUGACAGAUUUUGCUAUGUUCGUUUUAUUCAAAUAGUUGAAUAGCUCCUCCGUGUGAUACUUAUUUUCUUAAAAAGUUUUUUUUUUGUUGUUGAACAUCAUCUAGUUCAAUAAAUUGUGGCAUAUAAUAUCAGUCAUACAGAAUUCAUUGUGUUGAGAGUGGUUUAUAGGCAUGCUUUCAUGCUGCACAUCUUGUAAUAGUCAGUAGUUUUACAUCAUUAUAUUAACUCCUGUUAAACUAGACUUCUUAAUUCUGGAUAAAUCACGGCUGUAGAUAAGUAGGAACUGAAAGGACAUCUGCAUUCACACAUCCAUUAAAAAAGUGACACAUACCAUUCAAAAGUGACACUCAUUUAUGAUUGCAUCAUUUCUGAUUACAUGUGAUGCUGAACCCAAUGUGCAAGUUAAUACAGUUUACUGUAUUGACCUGUACAUGAGGUUCAGUCUCAGAUGUGCUACGAUUCUGAAACUUAUUAAAGCUGAAGGAUCACAGUGGCACUUGUGGUUUUAGUAAACUGAUUGCCUGGAUCAACAGUAAUCUAUGGUUAGUAAAAAGUGGUGUUUUUUUUUUUUUUUUAAUUUUAUUAAAGUAUUUUUUUUUAUUGUUG